UCCAACCAAAAGACCCCAGGAACUAGUCAAUAGAUAUAAAAAUAAACACAACAGAUGAAACAAAAUUAAAAAAAUCCACAGAGCUAUGGUUCAACCUAAAAUACCUUUCAUUUAAAAAUAAUUAAGGUUUGUCCAUAAAAUGGCUAAAAUGGGGGAAAAAGUAAAUAAUAUGAAUUAUAUUUCGUACACCAAUCACAGCUAAAACACAGCUAACAAUUAGCCUAUGAACAGAUUUUUUUUGCUGAAAUGUUAAUUAUAGCCUGACUCGAGGUAAAUUAGCUUCAACAGAACUUUCCAUUCCUUGGUCCAGUCAUAACAGUUGUUUCUGUGGUUCGGCCAAUGGAAGAGUUGUUCAGAAGAAGAGUUGUCAUCAUUUGACUUUGUUUUCACACGGUUGUCUCUCACAGGUCAGUGCAGUGUGUUGGUCCCGGGGCAAACAUGUGCCCCCCACCCCUCAAACCCUAUCUUAGCCGAGUCCGGAACCUGAUUGUUUUAGUCCUCUUGUCUGUGGUGGGGGGAUUAACUCCUGACUGGUCACCACUAUUCAGAGCCUGUAUCUCUCUCUGCUCACUGGGUCUUAUCUCCAUCGAUCUGACACGCUGUUUGUCCGAUGCUGCAGUCAGAUCUGCUGGUCUAGAGAAAUGUCCACAAAAGCUGUGGACCAUCAGCACUUUAAUUGUGAGACCUCACGUGGCCCCGAGCCUCCACCUCUGGCCCCAGUGCUGCAGGCAGCCCCACGUUCACUCCCAGUCACCAGUCAAACCUUAAAGACCUGUUUUCACGUCGUCUGUUCUGUCCUUGUAUUUUUUUCUUUUUCUUCUCUGUGUGAAGUCGUCGUGGACGGGGUUUGUGUGGUAGUUGGUUUGUUUUUGGGAGACACUUUUCAAGGUUUUUGUUGGUUUCACUACACCAGGAUCCAAAAGAUACCAGAGAGUAUACUAGUAGGUUGUCAUCUGAACGUGACAUCCCGUAGGUACUGAACUGAGGAAGGACAAGUAAAGGAACUGAACAGACCCUGCCAUCAUGGCUUCCUUUAAACUGGAUUUUCUCCCUGAGAUGAUGGUGGACCACUGCUCUUUGAAUUCCAGCCCUGUGGGGAAAAAGAUGAACGGGUCCCUGGACCACCCCGACCAACCAGACAUGGACGCCAUCAAGAUGUUUGUGGGGCAGAUUCCACGGUCGUGGUCAGAGGAGCAGCUGCGAGAACUGUUUGAACCGUACGGAGCCGUCUACGAGAUUAAUGUCCUCCGAGACCGAAGCCAGAAUCCACCACAGAGCAAAGGCUGCUGUUUUAUAACGUUCUACACCCGUAAAUCAGCCCUGGACGCACAGAACGCUCUCCACAACAUGAAGAUCCUGCCUGGAAUGCACCACCCGAUCCAGAUGAAACCUGCUGACUGUGAGAAAAACAAUGCGGUAGAAGACAGAAAGCUGUUUGUCGGAAUGAUAUCAAAGAAGUGCAACGAGAACGACCUACGGCUCAUGUUUUCACCAUUCGGACAGAUCGAGGAGUGUCGGAUACUUCGAGGUCCUGACGGACUGAGCCGUGGCUGUGCUUUUGUGACAUUCACAGCUCGACAGAUGGCUCACUCAGCCAUCAAGUCCAUGCACCAGUCACAGACCAUGGAGGGUUGUGCUUCUCCCAUCGUGGUGAAGUUUGCAGACACUCAAAAGGACAAAGAGCAGAAACGCAUGGCCCAACAGCUGCAGCAACAGAUUCAGCAGCUCAGUGCUGCCUCCAUGUGGGGAAAUCUGACUGGACUCAACAGCCUGGGACCACAGUACCUUGCACUCUACCUUCAGCUGCUGCAGCAGUCGUCCACAGGAAGCACCAUGAACAACCUGCCCCCGAGUUCAGGUUUAAAUGCCAUUCAGAACCUGGCUGCUCUGGCAGCAGCAGCCACUGCCACCCAGCCCCCCCCCACCGGCUCCAGCACCGUCACAUCCUCCAGCAGUCCACUCAGUGUGUUCACCACCUCUGGCUCCUCCCCCACUUCCAACAGUAACUCCUCGAUGAACACCAUCUCCUCCCUGGGGGCGCUUCAGUCUCUGGCUGCUGGUGCUGGAGCUGGACUCAACAUGAGCUCCCUGGCAGGCCUGGCAGCUCUGAACGGCAGCCUCAGCUCUGGGGGCCUGUCCAACGGCUCAGGGACCUCCAUGGAGGCCCUGAGCCAGGCGUACUCCGGCAUCCAGCAGUACGCUGCUGCUGCUGCCAUCCCUGGUCUGUACAACCAGAGCCUGCUGCCCCAGCAGGGGGUGUCAGCCGCAGGCAGCCAGAAGGAAGGUCCAGAAGGAGCCAACCUGUUCAUUUACCACCUGCCCCAGGAGUUUGGAGACCAGGAUUUACUCCAGAUGUUUCUUCCCUUUGGAAAUGUCAUAUCUGCCAAAGUCUUCAUCGACAAACAGACCAACCUCAGCAAGUGUUUUGGCUUCGUGAGCUAUGACAACCCAGUGUCAUCUCAGGCCGCCAUCCAGUCCAUGAACGGUUUCCAAAUUGGUAUGAAGAGAUUGAAGGUGCAGCUGAAGCGUUCCAAGAACGACAGCAAGCCCUACUGAAGCUGCAGGAGCAGCAGGCACUUAGUAAGGCAGGGUUUUCAUCUGGUAAGUGGAGUCUGAGUCCAGAAGAGAGACUGGUCCGACAGAACCUUCCUGUCUGGUGUCUCUGAUGUUGUGACUGUGCUGUGUUCAGGCAGAGAGACUCACUAAACUACACACAGGGCUUUGGUCUAGACCUGGUUCUUCUUAUUAUUAUUUCUGUGUUCAGCUGUCGGUCACACACUGUUUUUUAAUUUUAACACAUUGGAGAAGGAGGUGUAUAUUUUUUUUAAGUUGAACUGUAGUCCAUUUGCUGUGGUACAUUCAGGUGAAGUUGUUGGCAAGGAUUGUUGUUGCACUUUGACAUUCAGGUGCCAAAUCCCUGUCUCUUCUGUCUUAUUGUUAACUCUGCCCUCAGUCUCUUUGGUGAGGUCACUGACAGGGGGCAGUAUUAUCCACAUUCAGACACUACAUAUGUACAUGCUCAGAGGCAUUCAGAAACAGGGAGCUCCACUAAGGCAUUCAAAAAUAUCUGUUGCACCACAGCACCACACAAACGGCACAUUUACCGACAACCACAUUUGCUCAAAGACACAAAAAGCAGCUGGUUUCCUGCUGUGAGGUGCAUUUAAUGACAUCAUGGAGUUAAAUUUGGGAAAAGUUUAUUAAAACACAGAGGACCCAAAAAGCUCCUGAUCAGGCUUUUAAUCAAAUGUUUGUGGGUUCAAAUCCCUGGACCUGGCAGCACUGCGGAGCAUUCAGAACACUCUUACCAAAGUGAAAAAUCCCACUGUGUGUGUUAUGGUGUGGUAAAUGUACAAAGUAACUUCCAUAAAGGUACCAGAAAAAACCAUGGUACUGUACCAGUGUACAGUCAUUGUGUUUCUGUGUGGACAAACAUCAGCUUAAAAUCCAUAAAAUCCCUUCAAAACUGCUUUUUACACCGAAUGCAAGAAAUAAAGUUGCAUUUACUGCAAGUUCACUCCUGUGGGACAAAUUACAAUAAAUGAUUGAGUUUGAAAUCAUCUCUGUCUUCACAAAUUGGGUCCACACCCCCUACUUUGGAAAUCACAGGCUCAAGGUGACACACAUUUUAUAGGGUAAAUAAUAUUGUUAGCAAAAAUUCAUUUUUUCUUGGUUGACAAAUGACAACCAUGAUUAUGCACAUUUCACAUUUCCCAGCAUGCUUUAGUGGUGCUUUUCUCAUGCUGCUGUACUCGGGUGACUCUGAGCACUUAAACGCCUCUUAAACAACUGCUUUCAAUUGGUGGCGGUUUCAAAUCAGUUAGCUGUGUUGCUAGCUAGAUGCUAGCAAGUCAAAUGAGUUGGCUUCACCAGUAAUAGCCUAAUGAAGAGGAGGGGUGGAAGGGGGGGUCCGUUCACAUUCAAAACACUCCCCAUAAACUUGAGAUUUUCAAAUAAAUGUGUGUGCGUGUGUGUGUUUUGAUAGAACUACAGUCGUGUGUGUGUGUGUGUUGAGAUGUAUAUUUAAACUCGUAUGCCUUUUCUAUUUUUAUAAAGGUUUUAUACUUCCCUCGUGUGUCAGGGAACUAUUUAUUGCUUAAAUUAUUUAUCCGACUAAACAUUGUCUUGGAAAAAAAUGUGAAAAAGUCUGAAAUGAUCAACUUGAUCUCCUGUGUUUGCUGUGUGUUUGACGAGUGUUUGUGAAGUGUUGUUGCACUGUAACUGGACUGUUUGAACCGGUCUGUCUUCAACGACAGGUAAUUGAAGAAAGCUCAGGUAUUUGAAACCCACAAGAAAAUACAGAGAUUUUUUUCACUGUUGUUGUUGAACUAGAUCAUCAUUAUCAUGAAGAAAAACAGACUCCAAAUAACUGUAAAACUACCAACUGGCCUUGUGGUUAAAGAGUCAGUAUUGUUAUCAGAGAUGUAAUUACCCCUGUAGUGUUAAUGGAGUACUGCAACAUCUGAGGUUGGCUAUAAUUUAAAAACAAUAUAAAGAAAUUUGUGAUACAAAUUGAUGAAAGUUCAGUUUAGAUUCACAAAAAGAACAAGAUGCAGCGUUGACUUCAGAACAACUUAGUCAGAAAUGUGUGAAAACGUAUGGAACACGGUUAACAAACAAAUGUUAUCCUGGAGAGAGCUAAAUGCUAAAGAGAAACUUAUAAAGAAUAGCCGAAUGUUUACUGGGAGCAGCUAAAGGUUAGUUGGAAAAAGCUCAAUACAUCAUCAUCACAUGCGACCAUGUGAUUCCAGCUGUCACAGUCCUGCCUUUAGAUGUCACUAAUUCUCACACACUGUGUGUAAAGACAGUGAUUGAGAGCAGAAGUUUAAAUUCAGUGACUAUCUGGAGGCUCUGUUCUGUCUGCUGUUUAGAAGUGUACGUGUGUGUGUUCAUUGCAUCUCUGAUUAAGGCUGCUGUUGUUGUUCUUUUGUUGGUUUUGGGGUUAAGUGUAUGAUUUUCCUGCUCUCAUUAACGUGUCGGGAAGUGAUGUCAUUCUGUUUUUGUUUUACUGACAUUUAACUGGAUCAAACGCAAAGCCUUCACUCAUCUUACAGUCGUUUACACAUUUCACUGUAGUCCCCAUAGAUCUGGACACAGGUUUUUAAUUGGACCUGUCUCCUUGUCCCAACUCUGUAUUGUGGUCCAAUAAAGUCAACACAAACAUAAAAAAUACAUUUUUAAAAAUCAGUUUAUUGAGUGUAAAGGUUGAAGGCAGAUGAGUCAAGCUGAUGAAGAAGAUCUAUGUGUGUCUUUCGUUAAUUCCUGCCAUUAUAUUCACGUUGUGUUCAACUAAACAGGCCCAGGCAUCACACUGACUAGGAAACUGCUGAGUAAUUUCAAACUAGUAUAUCAUUACAUUUUAUGUUUUCCUUCAUGAAGUUUUUGUUUAAGGGAGUGCCGUAGAUAUUUUUAUGUAAAACAUAUAUUCUGUAGCUCAGAAAAAUGUUGAACAAACACAUAAUAACACAUUAAGGCAGGGCUACAGUAUGAAGAGGUUCUUUUUAACGGUUAGAAAACAUUUGACCAAAAUAUAAUGAUAGAACCCGUGACAGCUGUUGGUAACGCCUGAACGACUCAUUAUGCUUAAGUGACUUAACGUCCAUUUUAGAACUUUUUGACUCAAAUUAUAGCUCCUCAGCUUUUGCAGUCAGGCUCUUAAAUCCUUCAUGCUUUUUUUCCAGGGCAUUCAUUUGCAACCAUAGGCUAGAGCAAAGUAACGGAGUCCGUUCCUUACUUAGUCUCUAUGGUUGCACAAGGCUAAUUAAAACACUCCUGGUAAAAAUGCGUCUUCUUUGCCUCUCUCCCUCCAUUGCUGUUUAACCUACGUGUGUCUCCCUCUUGUGUUUGUCUGUUUUGUUUUUGUGUCUCCAGAUCUUCUUCCUGUUUGCCCUAGCAUGUCGAUGUGGCGUCACCCUUCAUCGUCCAGUCCUUCUGUGUCCCCCGCUGCCUCUCUGAUGCUUCCAGUUUCACCUUUGGUGUUAUGUUUGACCUUUUUUUUUGUCCCCCCACCCCCACCUCAGAGGUUUUGUGUGUGCUUUUCCUUUUUUUCUGUAUUUGUGCUGUGUGCUGUCAGCAGGCAGGGGGCACUACAAAGACUGCCACUGAAUGUGUAUAAAGUUAGUUUAAAGAACUAUUACAUGCAAAAAAAAAAUCUAUUUUUCUAUUAGUGAGUGACACAAACCACUAAAACCUUUCACAUUGUUUCUGACAAAUCUUUGUCACACAAGUCUAAGCUUUAAAAAGGAUAGUUGUGUUUUUUUACUGUGUGGUUGUAGAAGGUGAGGAGAGUCACUGCUGACUGUAUUAUUAUCACAGCCCCUCCGUCAGUGGACAACCUUCACAUACAAACUUUAUGUUGGUUCUCUCAAAGCUGUAAGAUCCCGUAACAACAAAUUCACAGAGGAAGUGGACAGAGGUGCGUGGAGCCACUGCUUCCUUCAUUAUGGGAUUCCCAUUGUUUGAUAUUGGAAAUGUCAACAGACUCAUUUUAGGGAUAGUUUUGACGAGAAUAGCUGAGUAGUCAGAGGUUUACCUGACACAUCACACUGUCUCAGCCACUCGUGAAUCAGCUGAAACCUUUGUUUUGUCACUGUUAACAACCACAUUCUUAGUGAUGGCAAACAUCAACAAAACAAACAGAUGUGAUGGCGGACUUUAGACAGUGAAGGCCAGCAGAGGCAAAACACCUCACACUACUGUUCAUGGAAUUAACACAAAGUAUCUUCUCAGCUCCCUGUACACUCCGUAUCCAUGUCAAAUACUGCAGUUUUAACAAGUCUUCUGGUUCUUUAGUCAUUUAUUUUGUCUUGCUUGUGGCUCAGCAUUAUUUUUUCACAGACUGGUACACCAGCAGGGGGCAGUAUAGCUGUUAUUUCUGGUGUAUUUAGCGGUUCAUACAACCACACAUACAGGAGACCUUGACAUUGUACUAAAUUGUAUCAGCACAGAGCCCCCAUACUCCAACUGUGUGUACAUGCGUGUGUUAUGUGUGUGCACGUGUGUCGCGUUUGUUACUGCUCACAGGAAAAAGAAGUGGUCGAUUGGAGACCUGUUCCUCAGGUUAAAGACAGGAUGAAGGUUAUGGUCAGAGUGAGAUGUUACUUCACCAAGUCGUGGCUGGGGGGUUCUGCAGAGGUUGGACAAAUGAAUGACAGUCAAUUUAACGUUCUAAAUGAUGAGCUUCACCAGGCGUGUGCGUGUGCGUGUGUGUGUGUGUGUGUGUGUGAUUAAUGUUUACUUGCUGUAGUCCUGGGAGGUUCCCACGAGGCUUCAAUGUGACUACAUGAAUUGAAAAUAAUUAUUUUCAGCUCACGACUGCAACCACACAAUACAUUUCUGUGUUCUUUUUCUUAAGUGGAGAAUCAAAUACUACAUCCUCAGAGGAGGGACUUUUGUCAGAGUUUCAUUUAGUAAUGGAGUGUGUGUUUUCCUAUUGAUUUUAUUUGCUAUGAAGUUCUUGGUAAAAUGUGAUCUAGUUUGUGUUUUAAUUAAAAACUCCAAAAUAAACAGGUGCCAAAUAUUUUGCACUACCACAACA